AUGGGUAAACAAGCGAAAUGGCUUGAUUUUCUUGCACAAUUAAAGUUCAAGAUUGAGUACCGACCCGGGAAAACUAACGUAGUGGCGGACGUUUUGAGUUGGAAGGUGGCGGCCAUCCAUUCGGUAGAAAGAGAUAUUGUAAACCGGAUACGGCAAGGGCUUGUUCACAACAAGUUCACGCAUGCCGUGUUGGAGUUAGUGGAGGAGGGAAAGAUGAAGAAAUACUCGUUGGAGGACGGAUUGGUUGUGACAAAAGGAUAUCGGAUGUAUGUAGCGGAUACGGAAAGCAUUAGACGAGACAUCCUACGAGAAUUGGUCGAUCGGUUCUCAAAGUAUGCCGAGUUCAUCCCGGAGCCAAAGAAGCGUAUGGAGGAGGUGAUGGAAAAACUCUUCAUGGAGCACGUCAUUAAGUAUUGGAGGCUACCGACAAGCAUCGUGAGUGAUCGAGACUCAAGAUUCACUGGGCGAUUUUGGACGGAGUUGUUCCGUUUGUUGGGGUUGGAGUUGAAAGUGUCCACGACCAUGCACCCGCAAACAGAUGGCCAAACGGAGUGA